AUGGAGAAGUUACCAUUUAGAAAGUCGAAGGCAGAUGCUGCCAAGACGAUGCUGGUGAAGAAUUCACCUGACAAUGAAACUGCGAAGUCGAAUUGUGCAGCUGUAAAUCCACAAGAUUUUAAGGAAGGUACAUAUGUGAUAUUGGAUAACAAGUUUGUGUUCACAAUUAAGCAAAGCACAAAAAUGAUUCCCGGUGCCAUUGGUCUAUCUGGAAAUCAAAGAUUUUGGGGUUCUUGGUCCACAGAUCAAUCUGUCUUGGUUUCGCCUUAUGAUUUAUUUCAUGCCAAUGGUAAGAAAGGAGCAUAUUUGGGGGCAAUUAAUGUUGAGGUGAAUUUUUGGAACAGAAAUAGAGCAAAUAGCAGGUUAUACGAUCCGGAUGAAAUGGCCGAUGCAUUCGUGAAGAAGUUUGAUUCACAAAUAUUGCAACCUACCCAAAUUCUGCUCUUCGAGUUCAAGGGCAAUUACUUUGAACUCAAGGUCACAGCUACCCAGGUUGUUGAUCUUGCUGAUGUGAGUAUGGAAAAUGUCCCAGUUAGCGGUGAUAUUAUGAAUAAAGGAAUAGUUGUUCAGCAGACACAAGUGAGUUUCUAUAAAGGAUCUGAUGGUCUUGUGAACCUGAAAGCUUCAAUGAAAAGGCCAAAUGUUGAUGCAAUUAUUAGACCUGAUUUCAAAUUUGAAGAUAUGGGUAUUGGUGGUUUGGACAACGAAUUUACCUCUAUUUUCAGAAGAGCAUUUGCAUCAAGAAUUUUCCCACCGGCAUUGGUUGAGAAGUUGGGAAUUCAGCAUGUCAAAGGUAUGCUUUUGUAUGGACCUCCGGGUACAGGAAAGACUUUGAUUGCUAGGCAAAUUGGUAAAAUGUUGAAUGCAAAGGAGCCGAAGAUUGUUAACGGUCCGGAAAUCCUAUCCAAGUAUGUUGGUUCUUCUGAAGAAAAUAUUAGAAAUUUGUUCAAAGAUGCAGAGGCUGAGUAUAAACAAAAGGGUGAUGCAUCAUCACUUCAUAUCAUCAUAUUCGAUGAGUUGGAUUCAAUUUUCAAGCAGCGUGGUUCCAGAGGUGAUGGCACUGGUGUCGCAGAUAAUGUGGUCAAUCAGUUACUUGCUAAAAUGGAUGGUGUUGACCAGUUAAACAACAUUCUCGUGAUUGGAAUGACCAACAGACGUGACUUGAUUGAUGAAGCUUUGCUUCGUCCUGGAAGAUUUGAAGUGCAAGUGGAGAUACAUUUGCCAGACGAGGAGGGACGAAAUCAAAUUUUGGAAAUUAAGACUAAAAAAAUGCGUGAUAAUGGAGCUUUGGCAUCGGAUGUUGAUCUUCAUAAACUCGCUAAACUAACCAAGAAUUUCAGUGGUGCUGAAUUGGAAGGUUUGGUUAAGUCUGCCACUUCCUUUGCAUUGAGCCGGCAUAUUAAGGUUGGUACAGUGGGACAGAUAAAAGGUGAUUGGAAAGAUGUGGUUGUCAAUAUGGAUUGCUUUUUGAAUGCUCUUAAUGAAGUGAAGCCGGCAUAUGGUGUUAAUGAAGAAGAUUUACACGACUGUGUCAAAGGAGGUAUUCUCAAAUUCUCCCCAAAAAUUGAUGGUAUUAUCAACAGAGUUAAUAGAGAUAUUGCGCAGUUGAAAAACUCCAAAAGAUUUAACUUCUCUUCUGUGUUACUGUAUGGUCCUCCUGGUUCUGGAAAGACCGCAUUGGCCGCAAAUAUGGCCUUGAAAUCUAAGUUUCCAUUUAUUCGAAUGAUCUCAUCCGACGAAUUGAUUGGUAUGUCAGAGUCUGCAAAGGUCCAAUACAUCGAUAAUACGUUCCGUGAUGCAUACAAGUCCCCGUUAAAUAUCCUCAUAGUUGAUGAUAUUGAAGCCAUAAUAGAUUACGUUCCUAUUGGUCCUCGAUUUUCCUCUGUCAUAUUACGUGCUCUAAUGACCAGGAUGAGAAAGCCUCCUCCGGAGUCUCAUCGUUUAAUUGUCUUGGCGACAACAUCAAAUUACAGGUUGAUAAAAAAUCUUGAUGUCUUGAAUUGCUUUAACGACGAGAUUCCCGUGAAUAAUUUGACAUCCUUAGAAGAGCUUAAAAGUGUGAUGCUUCAAACACAGUUUGGAGCGCCAAAUGUUGAGGCAGCUUCAGAGAAGGUGAAUAAACAAUUGCUGCAGAUAUUCCAAGAUGGUAAGAUUAAUAUUGCGAUCAAAAAGGUUUUGUUCAAUAUAGAUGCCUCAAAAUUCAGUUCCAAUCCGGUGGAGGAAUUAGUUCAGCUAACAGUUGAAAGCAACAGGCCUUAA